GUUUGAUGAGCUCAUACUCAAGGACGAAGACUGUCUCCAGAUCAAUGCUCAAGUUCUUGGAAUAAUUGUUUUAUUCGUCGAACAACGAUCCGUGACACCACCACAGGUCCGCAAUCAUCCAUUUCUUCAGCUGCGAUAUCAAAACACCAAACAAGAUGGCCUCAGGCACUACAAUCCAACCCAGUCGGCCGUCCCUGACAUCCAACGACUCUGCAGUUCUACAAGCACUCUUCGACGCCGAAUCAUCCCCUUCCUCAGCCGUCACAAUCGACCCAUCACUCUCCCCAUUCCCAGAAUACCUCCACAUCUCAGCGAGCGACCACGAGUCUCUAAAAGCCCGCGAGCUGGGCAUUAUCCGCAACCUCCAAUCCGAGAGCGUCUCGGUGGACACCAUCACCUCUGCUCUCAGCGACCUCGAUGCCCUAAUCAUCGAGCACCCGACUUACCCAUCCGCCUACGUGAACAGAGCCCAGGCCCUCCGCCUACACAUCGAAAAGACGGCAGAGACAUCCACAGACCCAGACGAAGCUAUUUUCGCCCCGGGUAGCACUGAACCAGCCUCGCGCCUCUUCUCCGAUCUAGGGAAGGCGAUCUCGCUCUGCACGCCCAGGUCGCCUGCCGAUCCGGUUUCAACGGUUCAGGCGCGCAUCUUGGCGGACUCGCAUACGCAUCGUGGGUAUCUGUUGCUCAAGGCUGCGAGGUUGAAGAAGAAUGAAAACGGUAAUGAGAUGGUAGGUGGGCCGGAUAAGUUGCGGGAUAUGGGGCCCGAUCAACUUGAGGAGAUGGCGAGCAGGGAUUUCUUCUUUGGAGGGAGGUAUGGGAAUAAGGUUGCCCAGCAGUUGGCUGUGCAGACGAAUCCGUAUGCGAAGAUGUGUGGGGCGAUUGUUAAGGAGGCGUUGAGGAAGGAGGUUGAGGGGGCUAUUUGAUGACUGGAAUUCUAUAAUGCAUUUUGUAAAUAUACCAUGAUCUGUAUUCCGACGUCGUAAUUCAUGAUUCAGUUUGGGCUCUGUGACAUGG